CGCACAGCUCAGUGGUUAUCGCGAGUCUAUCACACACACUUCCUCCUCAAACACUACAACACACAAACAACCAUGCACGCCAAGUCCUUCACGACGGCCGUGGUCGCGCUCUUGUCGAGCGCCGGUGUCCUUGCCCGCGGCACCAGCGGCACGCUCACCGUGCACAACGACUGCAACUACACGGUCAACAUCUGCGAGGUCGGCAACGACAUGAGCCCGCUCGUCGACAUGGAGCCCGGCGAGACCAAGGUCUACGACACCAAGACGCGCAUCGACCGCAUCAGCGGCAUGAAGGCGGGCUACUCGAUCAAGAUGGGCCGCCCGGACCAGGGCUACAGCUGCCAGUCGCCCAGCGGCAUCACGCAGUUCGAGUACACCAAGGACGCCGACCAGGACAAGAUCUGGUACGACUGGUCCAACGUCAACUGCGCCAACACGGACAACUGCCCUUUCAUUGAGGAGGGCAUCAGCAUGGAUAGCCCGUGCCCCAACUGCCCGGGCUGGGGCUGCGAGGCCGGCGACGAUUACUGCGACAGUGUUUAUCAGAUCCCGGAUCCCCCUCGCCACCCCGUUUAUGGCGCCCCGGAUAUGGAGACCGAUCUGGAGAUUUAUCUCUGCACGCCCGGCGGAAAUAACUAGGUUAGAUUGCUGGUUGUGCAGGGUAGUGGCUUGAUAGAGACUGGGAGGUAACUUGGUUAAGGCGGCG